AACCUGUUAAUAUAACAUCAGAAGUGUGGACAUCCUGGACUGCAAGAUGGAAUACUGAAGACUUCAAAAAGAAAUCAGAACAAAACAAAAAAAAUAGGCGUAGAGGUGUAGCUGAUGGACAAGCCCUUUCUACGCAUACCGGUGGAUCGACUUCUCAUUCCAAGAUUGCUUCUAAUUUAAAGAAGCUUUGGGGACAUGAUCCGGCACACCAUGAACUAUUCUUGUAUACACACACUAAGAAUCACGAUGGAGUGACUUUUUUAGUUGACAAAGCUAAAAAAAUUCAUGAUGAUUUUAUGGAACGAUGUGAUCGGUUGGAAGCAAUAGGAGAGGAAAUUGAUGAAGACAAACUAUUUUAUGAUGUUGUUGGGGGACACGAUCGAAAAAAGAGAUUAUAUGGAUUUGGCUCAUAUGGAAAGCGCAUUCGUUCUAGUAAAGGAUCUUCUGAAAUGCAUCGCGAACAGUACGAGGAUAAUAAUGCCGAGACAAAAGUCGAGAUUGAGAAUUUGAAGAAAUUAGUUGAGACGCAACGCGAACAAUAUGAGGAUAUUCAACAAAAAUAUGAGGAUGUUCAGCAAAAAUAUGAGGAUGCUCAGAAAAAGAAUGUGGAGUUUCAGCAGAAAAAUGUAGAUGUUCAAGCUAAGUUUGAACAACAACUCGCACAAGCAAUGAAUGUCAUUAACACACUGAGUGAACAUGUCAAAAAUUUUAUUAAUCGAUGAUAGAAUAUUAUGUAUCGAAUAAUGUUUUACGUUAAAUUUGUAGCGACUUUUGAUUUUGAAAUAUGAAUCUUUUGAUGUAUUGGAUAUUUCUUUUAGUUUCUAUAGAAAUACUUUGUUAUUUUUGGUUUUA